AUGAGGAGGAAGAUGAAUCCUGUAAACCUGCGGACUGAAAUCGCCUUGGUCCUGGACGGCUCCGGGAGCAUCGACCCACCAGACUUUGAGCGAGCCAGGAAUUUCACCUACAGCUUGGUGAAGACGUCCUACGAGAAGUGUUUGGAGUGCGCCUUCGCCUUAGUUCAGUAUGGAGACAUCAUCCAGACAGAAUUUGACCUGCGAGAGGAGAGGGGCAACGCCGCCCUGGGGAAAAUUAAAGCCAUGACUCAAGUGCGCAACAUGACCUGGACUGCAUCUGCCAUCCAGCAUGUCCUAGAUUCCAUCUUCAACCCAAACUAUGGGUCGCAGCUGAAUGCCUUGAAGAUCAUAGUCGUGUUGACAGAUGGGGAGAUUUUUUUGGACCCCUUGGACAUAGAAACGGUGAUCAGUUCGACCAGGGAGGCAGGCAUCACACGUUACGCCAUUGGGGUCGGGGAGGCCUUCCAGAAGCCAAAAGCGCUGCAGGAGCUGCAGCUGAUCGCCUCCGACCCGGAUGAAAGUCACCUCUUCCGCGUGACAAACUAUUCGGCCCUGGCCGUCCUCCUGUCCAUGCUGCAGGAGAAGAUCAUCGGCAUUGAAGGAACGGAAGGUGCCAUCUUGGAAUUCGAUCUGGCCCAAAGUGGCUUCAGCGUUCGCCUCCUGCAUGAGCGCUACAUACUUUUUGGUGCCGUGGGAGCGUUUGACUGGGCCGGAGGGGUUCUUCUCUACGACACGGCAGACAAGACCAUGGUUUUCUUGAAUGAGUCAAUGGGCACUCCGGGUGCAAAAAACGGCUAUUUAGGUAAGGACCCUCUCAGCUACAGUGUGGGCGCCAUCGACACGGCACGGGGCACUUUGGUCGUGGCGGGGGCCCCUCGACACAGCAUCAAGGGGAAAGUGAUGGUGUUCGAAGGAGACCAUUUAAAGCAGAUCCUCCAUGGGGAACAGAUUGGGUCCUAUUUUGGCUCCGAGCUCUGCCUGUUGGACAUCGACCUGAAUGGGGUUACAGAUCACCUGCUGGUUGGAGCUCCAUUUUUCCAUAUGCAAGGGGAGGAAGGAAAGGUUUACCUUUAUCGCUUGGAUAGCCAGGCCAACAACUUUACUCUACAGAGACAUUUAUACGGCCAGCCAGGGUCCCUUUUCUCCAGGUUUGGAUUUGCCAUGGCUAGCAUUGGUGACAUGGACCAGGAUGGUUUUGGAGAUGUUGCCAUUGGUGCGCCCCUCGAGGACCAUGGGUUGAGCCCCAACUCUUUUGGCAGUGUUUACAUCUUUAAUGGUGGCAAGGAGGGGUUGCGGGAUCCCUUCUCCCAGAGGAUAACAGCUUCUCAAACCGGUCCAUCUGGACUCAUGUAUUUUGGAAGGUCCAUGGCUGGUGGAUUGGACUUCACUGCGGACGGUCUCCCUGAUAUUAUUGUUGGAUCAUUAGGUUCUGUUACUUUGCUCCGCUCCAGGCCAAUUAUUCGGCUGAAACCCACCAUGCGCUUUACCCCGGAGAGAAUAGUCCAUUUUGACGGCGUCAUUACGGCCAGAUUGUGCUUCAAUAGGGCUUCCCCUCCUGGGACCGUGCAGCCAGGGCUGCCUCAACUCCUUCUUCGCUACACUGUGGAUUUAGAUGUUGAGAUGGACAAGAAGAGGGUGCAGUUUGAGGACCAAACAGUCUCCAGCAGCAGCGAGACCCCCUACACUGGGAAUUCUUGUCCUGAACUGCAGCUCCACAUCCUGAGGGUGUGGUUAGGGAGGAGGUGUGGUUUGGGGGAGAGUCCCGGGGGCCGGAUGGAGAGAUCUGGAGAACCGCAUUCAGCCCUUGGGCCUGAGGUUCCCCACCUUUGCCCGGCUUGCUUGCAAAUUCAUCUCUCCCUUUUUCAAUUUCAAUAUCAGCCCUGUACUGAUGACUGUUACUCUGACAUUACUCUGCGCCUCACUUACGAGCUUCAUGACCCUGACGGAAAAGUCCUGGACUACCCCAAGCCAAUGCUUGAUAUGUAUCAGAAACCUGAAGUGUAUUUCCAGCUGCCAGUCAUGGAAUACUGUGGUGACAAAUCCGUCUGCACACCUCGCUUGAGCUUAGCUGUCGAAACUGAGAAGGAGCUGGUGGUUGGCUCCACCAAGGAACUGGCAAUGAAAAUCUAUCUGUCCAACAGUGGCGACAACUCCCACAUGACGUCUCUGGUUGUGCAGUACCCUUCAAACCUCCAUUUUAAAAACGUCCAAGAGAUUUCCUCUUCCGUCACCGACUGUGACACACCUCAGCCAGUCUCAGUUUUAUUCUCAUCUCUCCGCUGUAGGGUUGGACAUCCGAUCUUCAAGAAAUCUACCGCAAAUUUUUCAGUGACCUGGCAACUAGAUGGGAAAAAAUUCCCCACAGAAUUCGCUGACUUCAUGCUUAACGUUGCCAAGUGGGAUAUAAAUGAUACAGCUCAUCUGUUUGAUUUUCACAGUGCCAACAAAAACAGCACAGCCCUGAGAGAAGACCGUUCCCUGGGUGUGAGAUACUCCAUGAACGCCAUCCUCACCAGGCAGCUUCCAAAUGUGUAUGUGAGCCUGGAUGAAAGAGCCUCCCACAGCACCCAACUGACAUUUAAUAUCACAGGGAACCAAUUUGGGGCACAGCUUGAGUUGCGGAUCUGGGUCCCUGUCAACAUAGACAACCGCCAGAUUGCAAGCAUAAAGAACGUGGCAGGGGUGCAGAAUACCACUGUGUGCAAAACGGACCUUGGACGCACAGACUCAAAGGACAGCGAGGGAGUUGGAUACCAGCUCGUGAGUUGUACCAUCACAUCGGAGAAGGAGGACGUGGUUGUGACGGCAGAGCUACCUUUAGCCAAUUCCUUACAGGUCUUAGAAAACAGGACUGACUUGCUGGUUCGAGGGGAAAUCGUUUUCGACAGGAACCUUUACGUGGGCCUGAAUGCGGAAAAUUACAAAACAGAGAUCAAGGUGAUCUUGCUGAGGGAGAAAGUGUUCGAUUUCCUUCCCUUCCUCAUUGGCAGCUCUGUGGGCGGCGUGGCGCUGCUGCUGCUAAUUAUCGCCGUUCUUUAUAAGUGUGGUUUUUUCAAAAGAAAGUACAAAAAUAGGAUUGCAGAACAGUGCGAUUCCUGAGAACGAAGUGGAGAGAGAUUCUGGAAUGGGACGAUGGGUAACCUUCCUCAGACUGCGAGGCACAGUCAGAUU